GUUUAAAUCCACCAACCUGACUGGUCGGACACUUCACCGUAGAUCAGAAUCUUUCCGAAUGAUCACAAAAGUCAGAGUUUCUUUUCUCAAAGUGUGGAGGUUUUCAUUCUGCUUUGCUCUGUCUUCUGACAGCAUCAGAUUCCCUGGCAACCUGUGUGGACUUUGGGAACCUGGACUACAAUGGCAGUCAACCUGAGCAAGAAUGGUUUGGCUCUGAUGGCCGCCUAUAAGAAAGUGGUGGAUGCCAAGACAGACACGGACUGGGCUCUGUUUACCUAUGAAGGCAACAGUAACGACCUUCGACUGGCAGAGACAGGAGGUGGAGGCUUGGAGGAGUUGGUGGAAGAGCUGAACAGUGGGAAGGUCAUGUAUGCCUUCUGUCGAGUCCCAGACCCUAACUCUGGCCUGCCUAAAUAUGUCCUUAUAAACUGGACUGGUGAAGGGGUGAAGGACUCUUGUAAAGGAAUGUGUGCCAACCAUCUCAGCGCCAUAGCAAAUUUUUUGAAGGGAGCUCACGUUACCAUAAACGCUCGGACAGAGGAGGACGUGGAGCCAGAGACCAUCUUGACUAAAGUCGCGAAAGCCUCCGGAGCCAACUAUAACUUUCACAAACAGCAAAAUUACAUCGAUGCACCAAGAGGACCAGUGGGUUCUGUGUACAGAAAAGUCAAUGCUGCAGAGGAAAUCCAGCAAACCAACAAGGAUAACUUCUGGGACCAGGCUCAGCGGGAUGAGGAGUUACGUCGAAAGGAGGAGAGAAAGAGAGCAGAGCAGGAGAGGCAGAACGCAGAGAAGGAAAGGAAGGAGUUGGAUGAGAAACAGGCAAAAGAGAGGGAGAGAAGAACGAAGGAGAGAGCUCAUCAGAUUGAACUAGAGAGGACCCUUCAAAAUAAAAGAGAUGAAGAGAAUAGAGAUGGCACAUGGCAUCUGGCAGAUGGCAGGACCCUUCAGGAUAAAAGAGAUGAAGAGAAUAGAGAUGGGGAGCAACAACAACUGGGUUCUGUCUACAGAAAAGUCAAUGCUGCAGAGGAAAUCCAGCAAACCAACAAGGAUAACUUCUGGGACCAGGCUCAGCGGGAUGAGGAGUUACGUCGAAAGGAGGAGAGAAAGAGAGCAGAGCAGGAGAGGCAGAACGCAGAGAAGGAAAGGAAGGAGUUGGAUGAGAAACAGGCAAAAGAGAGGGAGAGAAGAACGAAGGAGAGAGCUCAUCAGAUUGAACUAGAGAGGACCCUUCAAAAUAAAAGAGAUGAAGAGGAAAGAGAAAGGGAGCAACAGCGACUGAAUGAGCAGGAACAUUCGAAGAAGGUAACAGGAAUCCACGCUGCAGCAUCUGUGCAGAAAGCUAAUGAGGCAAAGUCACUGAUUUCUCAGAGAGCCUUCAAUCCCAGAGACAUCUUCAAGCAGAAGGAGCAGAGCUUUGAGGCCAACACACCAUCUCCUGCUACAUCCAGGCCAGGGAAGCUCCAAAGUACGUUUCUGUCUCAGAAAUCGUUUGAGCCUGAAGAAGUGGUGAAGCCUCAGAGUCCUCCGCCAGACGUCCACUACCCAGUGACUAACCCCUUCUCCUCAGCCACACCUGUACUGCCUUCACUUCCUGCUACAGCUUUCUCGCCCACCCUCCAAGAGACGGUGACUUCACAUGAGCAGCCUGCAGAGGAGGGUUCCACUGAGGAGGCAGAAUGGUCAGAUGAGUUUGAUGAUGCAGAUGAAAUGACUCCAGUUGAAAGUCCAGUUCAGCAGGAUCUGUACCAGAGUCCAGAUCCAGUUGGCACUGCUGACAAUCUGUAUGAGAAUAUUUACCAGGAUCCAACAGAGGACUAUAAUAAUCCAGGUGAUGGAGAACAGCAGCAGUACAGAGCCAGGGCUUUGUAUGACUACCAGGCUGCUGAUGAUACUGAGAUCACCUUUGACCCGGAUGACAUCAUAACAGAGAUAGAGAUGCUGGAUGAAGGCUGGUGGAGAGGCUAUGGACCUGAUGGAAACUACGGCCUGUUCCCUGCCAACUACGUGGAGCUCCUCAAUGACUAAACAGUGGCAGUCCUGAUAUGAAAAUGGAUUAUUAACUUUUUCUUGUCUUUGUUUACCACCCGCUUGGAAAAUAAAUGAAUAAAAUGUUAUCAAUCUUCA